CAGACAGCGCCGGGAGAGGGGGCGAUGCGCCCGCUGGUGUUGAGGGGCGGUGGCUGGGCCCGGGCCGCCGGGGCGGGUCGGUCGCCGCUGCUGCUGCUGCCCAGGGUGGUGAGCGGGGCGGCCGGGGGCAGACCCGUGGACCUUGCCUAUCACCUAAUGGAUGGCAGAAACUCCGAGACUCCCCUGGUCUUCCUCCAUGGACUCUUGGGCAGUAAAUCCAACUUUUACUCUAUAGCUAAAGCAUUAUUUCAGCGGACAGGCCGGACGGUGGUGACAGUGGAUAGCCGUAACCAUGGUGAUAGUGGACACAGUCCAGUGAUGACCUAUGAAGCGAUGAGCCUUGAUCUUCAAAACAUGCUGAACAAGUUGGAGCUCCCCGAGUGUAUCCUGAUAGGACACAGCAUGGGUGGCAAGAUUGCAAUGACAACAGCACUGCAGAGACCGAGACUGGUGAAAAAGCUCGUUGUGGUGGAUAUCAGUCCCAUUCGGACAAUCCCGCGUACGCCUUUUCCAAAUUACAUUGCUGCCAUGAGGGCGGUAACUGUGGAUGAUGAUUUGUCAAGGUCCACUGCACGCAACCAAGCUGAGCAACAGCUGCAACCGUACAUCGAGGAUGCUCGUACCCGGCAGUUUAUCUUGACGAACCUGGUGGAACGUAAUGGUCAAUACAUUUGGAGGGUGAAUAUAGAAGCUGUAGCCAACAAUUUGGAUUACCUCCUGGGCUUCCCAGAAUUCAACACUCCUUUUACUGCCCCUACCAUCUUUUUGGGUGGGGGCAACUCUCCUUACAUUAGCUCCAAGGAUUAUCCUGAGAUCAAGCGACUGUUUCCUAAUUCUAUUAUCCAACAUGUUCCUGAAGCUGGUCAUUGGGUCCAUUUUGAAAAACCUUAUGACUUUAUAAAUUCCAUUUGUGCAUUUCUGGGAACCAGUUAGCAGUCAACAAUGGACAAAAUGAAAACUCCCUGUGGAGAUCUUCACCAGAUUAUGAUUUCUGCCAACUGUACCGUUUGAUGACGUUUACAAUGUCCGUUUUGCAGGUUGUACAGCUGAUAUAAGUUAACUCUGAACAGAAUGAUAACUCCAUGACAAUACUGUAAAUAUAAUUACAAGUUAUGUGUUUGAACAUAAAGGAGUAUGUGUAUAUUAUACAAGGUUCUAAAUACAAGAAGCUGUUAAAAAGUGGAUCUUGGCCUACGGAAUGUUGUGUGGCCAUGGUACUUUAAACACAUCAGGCUGGAAUUUCCUGGCAGUGACGAGCUGCCUGUGCUCGCUGCUUCCCCGUCACGAGGUGUGCACUUAUGUGGAGUGACAGUUUCCUGCAAGAAGUUAGUUCAAAAGUGCUUAACCGGGUAACACCCAAUGCAAGUUCAUCCAGUCUUAUGUAACAUUGGACAGCAAGACCUGAACAAGAUCUCCCCGCAGAAGUGUCUUGCAACCGGUAAAGCCACAACCCCAGAGUAUAGAACUGUCUGAAUGUCUGCUUCAUUAACAAGUAUUAAUAAAGAUUCAAACACUUCAAGUAUUAAUUACAAAUGCU